ACUGAAAUAGUAACGUAGCAAAGGUACAUAUAAUAUGUUGUUUAGGUCAAACACUUAGUUGGCAAGUUCACGAUGUGCGCUAUGCUUCCGCGGCCUUUGGAAAUGUUCCUGUGGUUGUUCUUCUUGGGAAAUGUCAUCUCUGCACCAGACGAUGACUUUUUUGGGAUCAUACAGGAAGGAGAGCUGGCUUUGAGUGAUGAUAAAUACAUAAAAUAUAUAGUACCAGGAUAUCUUUCACAAAAUAGUGCCAAGCAUUUAAAUUUGGACUUGAAGGAUCUGGUAUCAGAGGGUAAUGAACAUUAUAAAAUACUACAAGAACAUAUUGAAUCUGGACAUGCCAUGAAGGGUUUAACAUUUAACUUGUAUGACGAUAACAUGAGAGAAACUGCUAUAACUUUGUUUAGACUUCUCAAAAAUGUAACUGAUGACAAUGUACCACUCAUAAAAGAUUGGGCCACGAAAAACAUUAACAAAGAUAUUGUAGAUUAUGCACUACGUCUUCUAUCACUUUACAAAGAUGUAGAUUACGACUUUAAAAAUAACCCACCGUUUAUUAGCAAGCCAAAUUAUUUUGUAAACAGUGAAACAAUAAACAAAGCUCUGAAACUCAAGAUUAGCAAUGGAAAGUUUGAGGAGAGAGAAGGUUUCAUAAACCAAUAUUCUAGAGAAGAAAAUAUUGUUACACUAAAAUCAAAUAAUUCCGGAUGGAACUUCGAAGAUUUGUGCCAGCAAAGAUUAAAUUAUUUCAGAGAAGACAUCGGCCUAAAUAGUUACUACUAUGGAAUACAUCUUAUGUAUCCUUUCUGGAUGAGCAACGAUGAGCUGUCUGACUUAGAUCCUAGAUUUGCGGAAAAUUACUACUUUAUACACAAACAACUGUUAGCCAGGUUAAACCUGGAAUAUGAACAUGAGCAGUACCCGAGUUACUCUCCAAUCGAAAAGUGUUUAGACAAUUUCUUACCAUAUUUGGUUCAUGAUAAUGGUGUUUCAUUCCCUGCAAGAUUAAAACAUAAUAUCGGUGGUAGCUACUACCGCAUAAAGAAGAUUGAUAUUGCAAUUAAAGAAUGCCUUGACAGAGGUUUUAUUUACAUGGGCGGUGGUGUAAAUAUUUCUUUGACUGAAAAUAAUUAUGUAGAUUUAAUUGCCAAGCUCAUUCGUAGUAACUACGAAAAGCCUCCAGUAGCAAAAUAUGUCAAAAAUUUUUACGGAUAUGGUGCCAACUACCCUACUACCAGAUACAACUCGGCUCCCUCGGUGCUACAUCAUCCUGAAACAACACUGCGAGAUCCCAUCUACUGGUCCCUUAUUGAAAAUAUGUUGAAUUACUUCUCAGAGUUCUCCAAAAAACUUGAGCCUUAUAAAUUAGCCGAAUAUGAAACAGAGGAAUUUGAAAUUGUUGAUAAUAGUUUCAGUAAAAUGACAACUUUCUUCAACUUUUACAAAUUUAAACUAAACAACAUUUUUGGUGUAGAUGAUAGUAAAUCAUUGAUUUUCGCUGCAAGAAAGGAAAGAUUAAACUAUUUACCAUUUACCCUUAACUUUACAGUUAGUUCUCUAGUUAAUAAAACUGGACAUGUGAGAUUAUUCUUGGGACCACAGUGUGAAGAAACGGAGUGCUGGAAACAAUACCACAGGUUUUUCGAGCUCGAUAUAUUCCCAUAUACUUUUUCUGAGGGAAUGAAUUACGUUUCAUGGAGUUCGGAAACUUCCUCAAGAUAUUCCUUUGAUGACUACUAUAAUUUAGAAUCUAGACAACCAAGAGUAAAUAGGUAUGACAUGUUCAAAUUUCCUGCAAAUCUGAUGAUACCUAGAGGAUUAGAGCAGGGUCUGAAAUUCACUUUAUUUGUAAUGGUAACUCCCCAAAGUGAUGUGUCAGAUACGUUUGAACCAUUCGGAUUUCCAUUCCAUAGGCCGGCUAUUGUUAACGAGAAUUCACCAUUCUUAAAUUAUAAAUUUUAUAACGUUUCUGUUUUUCAUAAAGUUUCUCGGCAUAUUUAAAUCAAAUUUAGUUAUUUUAAAGCUUGUAAAGAUGUUAGAUACUCAUCACUAAUAAAGUUUUGUUAAAAAUGUA